AUGGACGACAAGAAGAAUGAAGACUAUACCAUCAAGAUGCCAGACGUUGAGAUGCGCAAUUUCAAUGGACGGUCAUCACCUUCACAACGAGAUCCGUUCUUGGCUCGCACGAAUUCUGGCCCUCCAAAGUCAGGGCCCAAAGCACUUGCCAACAUCACCAACAGCCCUCCCAUCUCUAUUCUGGCAUACUGUUUAGCUUCGAUAUCUAUGACCGUUACCAACAAAUACUGUGUAUCUGGAGCCAACUGGAAUUUGAACUUCUUCUACCUUGCUAUCCAAUCACUUGUUUGCAUUAUUGCUAUUGUCAUUUGCAAGCAACUUGGAUUGAUCACAAAUCUAGCACCUUUCGACACGAAGAAAGCGAAGCAAUGGUUCCCAAUCUCCCUCCUCCUCGUUGGAAUGAUCUAUACCAGCACCAAGGCUCUUCAGUUCUUGUCCGUUCCCGUCUACACGAUCUUCAAAAACUUGACCAUCAUUGUCAUCGCAUACGGAGAGGUCUUGUGGUUCGGAGGAAGCGUCAGUGCAACUGCUCUGCUGUCCUUUGGACUCAUGGUUCUUAGUUCAGUCGUUGCUGCUUGGGCCGAUAUCCAAAAUGCUUUAUACGGAGAAGCAGCAGCAGCUGGUUCUGACGCCGCUGCGGCUCUGUCUAGUCUGAAUGCUGGCUAUGCUUGGAUGGGAAUGAACGUUUUCUGCUCAGCAGCGUACGUUCUCUCAUUGCGCAAGGUCAUUAAGAAGAUGAACUUCAAGGAUUGGGAUACCAUGUUCUAUAACAAUCUCUUGACAAUCCCUGUCCUCUUCCUGUGCUCCCUUGUUUUCGAGGAUUGGUCUUCCCCCAACAUCCAGAGAAACUUCCCGGUGGAGUCCAGAAACAGCCUCAUCGUUGGCUUCAUUUACUCCGGCCUUGGAACGAUCUUCAUUUCGUACUGCUCAGCUUGGUGUAUUCGUGUCACCUCGUCCACCACCUAUUCCAUGGUUGGAGCCUUGAAUAAGCUCCCAAUUGCAGUCAGCGGUCUCAUUUUCUUUGCUGCACCUAUCACAUUUGGAAGUGUUUCGGCCAUUAUCAUCGGCUUCAUCAGCGGUCUUGUUUUCACCUGGGCCAAGGUCAGACAGGGUCAGAUGAACAAAAUGUCCCUCCCAACCCAGCAACCUGUCAUGAGCGCCAGCUCUCAAAGCAACAGAGAUGCAUCAAGUUCAUAG